CAUCACAAAGCAUCGCAAGAAAGUAGUUCAAUGGAUUGUCAAAAGUCAAGAUCGAUAGUAAUAUUCGUAGCUCUCAUCGACCAGGCGCGCACUGGCACUGGCGAUGGUACAGCGAAGCAGGCAUCAUGGCCUGCACUGGGUCUCUGUUUCCCAGUUAUAUCCAAAGCUCAGAUGUCCUCCAGAAUUUGUUGUAAACGCCAAACACCAGCCACCGUCCAUGUCCAAGCGAGGGAAAUCCGUCACACGUAUCCUCACGACCGUUCGCUGAAAUGCAUUACAAAUAAACACAAGACGAAGUACUUUACAAGACGACGCGUCCUGCUAUGGAAACCCGCAGCAGAGAGCCCGCUAGCCUGAGCAAGCCGUCGAGUGACUUAGGCUGCCUCCCCACCGCCCACGGCGGGUGCAAGGUGACUCUCUGCUGUGGCCUCCCAUAGUAGUAGAAAUGAGAGUAAGCCGUCUCAGCGUGUUAUUCACACAAGCUGGACAGGCUGAAGAGGUGGAGUCCGCGGCAUCGAGUUCGGAGUUGUAGGAUAGACCGUGGAGUCGGGCGACUGUGGCUCGAAAGAGUCGGAGAGUGGCGGGGUCU